GUGCUGCGGCCCCUUUAAAGACAAUCUCCCGCGUUCAGAGCGGAAAUAGAAAGCCUGUUUUUCCUCUAUUUAAGCGCGCCAACAAAGACCUCCACACGGGUCUUGAAGCUGAAUCUCAAACUCGACACGGACUUUUGACUGCCGCUGCCCUGCAUCCAAGCCUCGAUAAAAUGCCAGAGGAAACGUCGGUUGCGUCAAGCUCUGAGAGCGCGGAUGAGAAGCCAUGCUCGUCGGCAGCAGCUGCGAUGGACAGUUCUGUAGACGUCAUGGAGGAGGCAAAUAAACUGAUCGGCACGGGAAACCGACAUCUAGUGAUGGGUGACGUCGUCUCUGCAGUCAGUGUCUUUCAGGACGCAUGCGGCAUGUUAGCUGCCAGGUAUGGGGACACUGCAGAUGAGUGUGGCGAAGCCUUUUUCCUGUGUGGGAAGUCCCUGCUGGAGCUUGCCAGGAUGGAGAACACAGUCCUUGGAAAUGCCCUGGAGGGAGUCCCAGAAGAGUCUGAAGAUGAGGAACAACCUAGUAACUCAAAUAUUGAGAGUGCCAAGAACCUUGAUGAUGAUGACGAAGACGACGACGAUGAAGAUGACGAGGCUGGAGAGAAAAAUGGUGACAAGGAGGAGGAUGAGGUUGGAAAUCUGCAAUUGGCUUGGGAAAUGCUGGAAGUGGCAAAGGUCAUCUACAAGAGAAAGGAAGGCAAAGAAGACCAGCUGAUGGCAGCCCAGGCCUUCUUAAAACUUGGAGAAGUCAGUGCAGAAUCUGGCAACUAUCCUCAGGCACUAGAUGAUUUCCAGGAAUGUUUAGCGCUGCAGCUCAAGCACCUUCCUCCUCACAGUCGUCUGCUGGCAGAGACCCAUUACCAUGUUGCCACAACACUUUGUUACAUGGAUCAGUACAGCCAGGCCAUCCAGCACUACAACAGCUCCAUAAAAGUCAUCGAGACCCGCCUAGGCAUGUUGCAAGAGGUCAUCAAUGCUGCAGAGGGCACAGAAAGUGCUGCAGAGGAGAAGACUGAGAUGGAAGAACUGAAGCAGCUUCUGCCUGACAUAAAGGAAAAAGUGGAAGAUGCCAAAGAAAGCCAGAGGACAGCUAGUGCUGCCUCCCAGGCCAUUCAACAGACUCUUGGCGGUGCUUCGUCAUCGGCAUGUUUUGGUGAAAACGGUGGCCCAUCAGCCUUUGCUGCCCCCGCCCAGAUCCAAGUCAAAUCAACUGACAGCGCAUCGUCUUCCAAAGUGGCCUCGGACAUCUCUCACCUGGUCAGGAAAAAGAGGAAACCAGAGGAGGAGAGCCCAGUAAAGGAUGCUGAUGCUAAGCAGGCAAAACAGGAAGACACAGUUAAUGGCAGUGGGGACUCUAGUGCCAGCAACGGAGUUGAGAAGGAAAAGUCACAGGAGGCUGCUGUCCAGUCAACCUCUGUGCAGUCUUCAGCGUGAUGCGCUUCUUGAAAGACCACAGCAUGUCCUCCCAGCCACCAUUCAAAGUCUUUGUUGUAAAUAAGAUCCAUUUUUCAUAAAUUUGUCUGUCCAGUUUUGUAUACUUGCAGUAAAUGAAUUUGCAGAUGCACAUUUUGUUUUUUUUAACUAUUGGAAUUCAAUUCUGUCAAUGCACGUUAUUAACUGGGUAGAUUCCGUAGAUUUAGUGCAAAACACAAAAUUGCCAGCAAGUUGGUUAACAUACUGUAACCAAGUAAUGGAUUUCUGUGCUGUUGAGUUAAGGCAGGGGUGUCCAAACCUUUCCACAAAGGGCUACAGUACAUACUGAAAAAAGGAUGCAAGGACUACUUUGAUAUUUUCUAAAUAAGCAAAGUUUUCCAUUUCAGGAAAACUGCAUCUCCGGUUUGUUAUACUUGGAAAAAGCGUAGUGUUGUAAACUAACCCACACCCCCCCCAUUUUUGCUUUUAAUUUUAAAUUUUUUUUUCUUAACCUUCAUAGACUUCUAUUACUUUAUUCCCAUGAUUGACUGAAUUCUCAUAACAUUUCCCCACCAAAUGUUCCAACAGAACUUGUAAGUUGUUUUUAUAUAUAUAUUUUUCAACUCUUUACUCCUAAAAUCACCCCGUUAAGAGUUUAUUCUUAAAAUUGUUAGUACUUGUAAAGUUUCACUUUUUUUUGUGUGUAAUUUUCCUGUUUCAACUUCUUGUAAAUGUUUUCAUGACUUUAUUCCCAAAAAAUUACUAUCACAAUGUAAUUUUCCAAAAAAGUUUGGUUU